AUGAACUUGCAUGCCAACAUUUCAAAACCUGUGCCUAAAAGCGUCUUCACCUCUUCGAACCUCAUGCCCUUUGACCCUGACACCUGGACACCGAGUCCGGACAUCAUGCUGGGUAAUGUGGUUCGUAACAGUUCGUUUGGCUGUAACAGAAGUUGGGCUGACACUGAAGCAUCUCUCUUUCCCAAUUUAUCCAUCAGCAGCACUUCCAGUGAAAAAACAGAACUGCUGUCAUGGCAAAGGUGCAAUGGCGAGAUGAGCAAAGAGGAGUUAGUUCGGAAAAACUGGGCUGCGCUACUGAUUUUGGUUGUGGUCAUUAUUACGGUUACCGGGAACAUUUUAGUAAUCAUGGCUGUCAAUCUGGAACGAAAACUGCAAAAUGCCACCAAUUACUUUCUCAUGUCACUGGCAGUGGCAGAUAUGCUUCUGGGACUUCUGGUCAUGCCUGUCUCCAUGGUGACCAUUGUGUAUGGUUACUCCUGGCCCCUCCCUGCAUCACUGUGUCCCAUGUGGAUCUACUUGGAUGUUCUCUUUUCCACCGCCUCCAUCAUGCACCUGUGCGCUAUCUCGCUGGACCGUUAUGUGGCCAUCCGUAACCCCAUCCGACACAAUCGGUCAAACUCGCGCUCCCGUGCCCGGGCCAAGAUCACGGCCGUCUGGACCAUCUCAGCAGGCAUCUCCAUGCCAAUCCCAGUGCUGGGUCUGCGCGAUCACACCAAAGUUUUCAAGGAUGGCAGCUGCCUAUUGACUGACAACUCUUUCGUGUUGAUUGGGUCCUUUGUGGCCUUCUUUGUGCCAUUGACCAUUAUGGUGGUGACCUACUUCCUGACUAUCAGCGCUCUGCAGAGUGAGGCCACUCUCUGCCUUGACCAACUGGUGCCCAGGCCCAAAUGGAGUGCAGGAUUCACUCUCAACUUCCUCCCCGGACCCUCAUUCUCGCCCUCUGAGAAUAAACUGUUCUUGCGACGCUCGUUGAGCCGUGAGGCGGGGGCAGAGUCGGGGGUUGUGACGCCACCUUUCGGACGCCAUACGGUGCAGUCCAUCAGCAACGAACAAAAAGCCUCCAAAGUUCUGGGCGUGGUUUUCUUCUUGUUCGUGGUCAUGUGGUGUCCAUUUUUCAUCACUAAUGUUUUAGCGGUGGUUUGCGAGCCAGCGACGUGUGACGCCGACAUAAUGAACGGACUGUUGAAUGUGUUUGUGUGGGUCGGUUACCUUUCCUCCGCCGUUAACCCGCUGGUUUACACGCUCUUCAACAAGACUUACCGCUCAGCCUUCGCUAGAUACAUCCGAUGCCAGUUUCAUGAGGAGAAGAAACCGCUACAACUAAUUCUGGUCAACACCAUUCCACCACUGGUCUAUCAGUCCACACACCUGCCGCUCACUGGAUCAAUAGGCAAUGGGGAUUUCUCUCUGCCCCUUCCCAAUAAAAAACAUCUGUCCAAAAGCAGCAAAAAUGAGAGUGUCAGCUGCUUGUGAACUCACAAAAUGCCAGCCGUAAUCCUGGAUUUUCUUCUGGGUUUCAUGUUUGGCAUUCUCUCUGACUAACCUCUACAGAAAUCAGCUCUGAUUGGUCUAAAGUAUUAGUAUUCAAAGCCCAAAUGACUAUGAACGAACGACUUCACUAUCCAUGACUUUAUCACAGGGUACUGAUACAUCAAAAUACCUUCGUCUGAUCGGGAUCUUUCCUGACCA